UGCAACCGCGCGUUCUCGCGGCAGUACAACAUGCGCACGCACCGGCUGACCCACGAUCCCGAGUCCGGUGCGUCGCGGCCGUUCAGCUGCGAUCACUGCCACCGCACGUUCACGCGCAAGCACGACCUGACUCGCCACCAUAUGCUGCAUGACGACUCGAAGGCGUUCAAGUGCAAGACGUGCGGGCGCGGCUUCGCCCGUCUGGAUGUGCUGGAGCGCCAU